CGAAAUUUCAAUAUACAGAUAUCUAUAUACAAAUAUUUAACCUACAUGUGUGUAUCAUAUGGUUUAAGCACGUUACCUGUAACGUAUGUAAUUAAAUCAAUUGCGUAGAAUCACAAGAAAAACAUUAUUAUAUAAUUAACUAUUGAUCCUAUAAUUUUAUUAUUUUCAUAUAUAUAUAGAUAUAUAGAUAGAUGCAUUAGACCACCAAGAAAACAAAGACUUAUCGAUCAUGAAGAUCAGACUUAGCAUAACCAUCAUACUUUUAUCAUACACAGUGGCUACGGUGGCCGGACAACAAUGCGGUCGUCAAGGCGGUGGUCGAACUUGUCCCGGUAACAUCUGCUGCAGUCAGUACGGUUACUGUGGUACCACCGCGGACUACUGUUCUCCGACCAACAACUGUCAGAGCAAUUGUUGGGGAAGUGGGCCUAGCGGACCAGGGGAGAGCGCGUCGAACGUACGCGCCACCUACCAUUUCUAUAAUCCGGCGCAGAAUAAUUGGGAUUUGAGAGCCGUGAGUGCUUAUUGCUCCACGUGGGAUGCUGAUAAGCCGUACGCAUGGCGGAGCAAGUAUGGCUGGACCGCCUUCUGCGGGCCGGCAGGACCUCGUGGUCAAGCUUCUUGCGGCAAGUGUUUAAGGGUGAAGAACACAAGAACAAAUGCUGCAGUAACUGUGAGAAUAGUGGACCAAUGCAGCAACGGAGGCUUGGAUUUGGAUGUAGCAAUGUUCAAUCAAAUAGACACCGAUGGUUUUGGCUAUCAACAAGGCCAUCUCAUUGUUGACUACCAAUUUGUCGACUGUGGCAAUGAGCUCAUUGGGCAGCCUGAUUCCAGAAACAUGCUUGUUUCGGCCAUUGAUCGCGUUUGAUAUUAUGUAAUGAUUUUGAGGUCAAUAUCGAUCGGUCUACAUAAAAAUAAUAAAGACCGCUAUAUAUGUAUUGUCGAGGGAUAUAUGUUUCGUAUCAAUAAGGAAAUUUUAAAUAUUAUUAUCAUUCGAUACGUACUACUUUAGUAAAAUGAAAAAACUUCAACCGCCAUGGAACGUGUAACAAACGACUUGAAACACCUAGCAAGAAUAGUAAGUACAUUGAAUAUUCAAAGGAAAGCCAAAGAAAAUCAUACGUACACAACGUG